GUACUGGGGAGCGGCUACGGCCGCGGCGGCCAGGACGGCGAGGAUCACCUAUAAGCAUUUGAGCAACAUUAUAAAAUCAAUUAUAGUUUAUGUUUCACUUUUGUGUUGUUUUAACCUCUUGCCACACAUGAAGUCCACAAAUAGGCAAGUUGUAUCUUAGUUACUGCUUACAAGCUUCAUUUUAAGGGUGGUGCGGGCGGCAGUGUGUUGACGAGACUCCUCAUCUGCUCUUAUAUAGUCAUGUGUGUGAUGGUCAUACCCUCUUGACCUUGAGACUUUUUUUAUUUAUUUAUUUUUAUUUUUUUUCAGGUGGCCACCCCACCGGAUUUCCCUUCACCAUGGUGGCGGUUGACGCUGAUGGGGUAGCCAAUGUUACAGUUUUAAUGAUACUUUUCUGUUCAAUAAAUUCCCUACAGAUACUUGUUAAUAAUGACUAUGUGUGAUAUGCUAUAUGUAUUUGAGGGGAAAAGUGUACUGAUCUGUUAAUUAAUAUGGUGUUUAUCACUAUAAAGAAUGGUUUUACUGGUAUAUGGAUGAAAGGGUAAAAGGAAGGUUUAGUGAUGGUGAUGUUCAAGGUGAAGGAAGGCGCCUGAAGGCGGUGCCAGACCUAUAUAAGUCUGAAUAACAGUUUCUCAGCAUCAGUGUGCCAACGCCUCGCCAUCAUGAAGAUUGUAAUCCUCGCCGUCUUGGCCGCCGUGGCUCUCGCAGCCCCCCAGUACAGUUACAGCGCCCCAUCCGAAGAAUCCAGCGAGGAGGUUGAGGUGCAGUACAGCUACAGCGCCCCGCCCGAAGACUCCAGCGAGGAGGUCGUCGAAGUAAUCCCUAUCCUGAGGGAUGACCGCGUCCACGAGGACGACGGAGCUUACAAUCUGGACGUGGAGACUGGCAAUGGCAUUGUCCUCUCCCAGUCCGGCUCUCCUGACGGUCCCGAUGACUCUGUUGUCAAGACUGGACACUACUCCUACACCGCCCCUGACGGCACUUUCGUCGAGGUCAAGUUCGUCGCCGACGAGAACGGCUUCCAGCCCCAGUCUGACCUGCUGCCCGUGGCUCCCGCCUUCCCCCACCCCAUCCCCGACUUCGUGCUGGAGCAGAUCGCCUUCGCCGAGGCGGAGGACGCCGCCCGUGCCCGCGCUGAGCUCGAAGCCGAGGACUCCGAGGAGGAGCCCGCUGCCCCCUCCACCUCGUAUGGAAGUCCUCAGUAGAAUGUAAGCUGGUGAGACGACUAAUUUAUUGUGCGUGAAUGACAAUAAAGGAACUGCAAAAUAAACAAUUUCUCUUUGUCCUUAUGUUAAGAAA